UCUCUUUGUAAAAAACAAUUAUAUCUUAUCAUCCGGUCUUAAGACCAAGAAAAAUCUCUUUCAUAGUCAAUGUAAGUUUGAUAUUGUGAGUCAGGUCACGUUCAUUUUAUAACGUAAUACCUUCAUUUGUGUGAAUAUACAGGUAGGACGUUCUUUGUAGUCGAACAGCCUUUUAAUAUACGUGCGGAGAUUUUUUUUCGAAUCGAGUUGAGUUUAGCCGAAGGAUUCGUUAUUUAUCCAGUUUUACUAUUGCCAAAAUGUUUUUCAAAAAUAAUUUGGGAUUAUUAAGAAUUGUGCAAUCAAGAUGGGGAUUGGCACGGGUCGUGUCAUCUAACCAGAUAUUAUUGAAAAAAAGUCUGCAGCGUGGAUUAGUGCUGGAAUAUACACCUUGUAAGCAACCAGUUCGAGAACUGACCGACCAAAUGACUGACAAACCGAUCAGCUUUAAGAAAAUGCCGACCGAUUACCCCCCGGUCACUGCAUCUGAUCACUGGAGACGAAAGGUACGAACAGUAUUUAAUCGCUUCGAUUCGAACAACGACGGCAUCAUUACAAAGGAGGACUUCGAGGCCAGCGCCAGGCGCACCAUAGAGCUUCUGAAACUCAAUGCUGAACAAGCAGCAAAUAUACUUAAACUACGCCUCGAAGUAUGGGAGUCUCUGUCCAGAGGUUCCAAGGAUGUUUCUCAAAUAACAGAAAAGGAAUUUGUGGGGGUUGAUCCUUCGGUCGUCAAUCAAAGUACCUACCGGAAAGAGUUCUUCCCAAUGUAUGUGUCCGUGGGUUUCAAGGUCAUGGACAUUGAUGGUGAUGGUCUUGUAACAAAGGAUGAACACGCUGCUUAUUUCUACAGCUUGAACGUCCCUGUUGAAGAAUCGAAGAAGAUGUUUGACGUAAUGGACAUUAACAAGGACGGUUUCAUAUCCAUUGAUGAGUACGCGCAUGCGUAUGCGGAGUUUGUUUUCACCGAGGAUCCAAAUAACAAAUACAAUGGGUUUUACGGUUCGUUAGUUGAUUGAAGAACACAAUUUAUAUUUAAUGAAGGUGACAUAAUACAUGUGUAAUAUAAAAGAUAUACAAUCUAGCGCAUAAUCUUUCGCCAUUUAUUGGAAGCCACAACAUAAUUUGUUGACAAUUUCAGUCCAAUUCUUUUUCAAGUAUGAAUGUGAACUAAAACACCACCUGUAAUGGAUUUACUUUUCAUUGUAUACGUGUUUUUCCACAAGUAUGUAACUAUGGACUCCAAACCCAGAUUAUAGGAA